CUUACCUUCAGACCAUAUCAUCGUCGAGUAAGACGAUUCAUCUCCUCAUGGCAUAUUAUGCACCUCCAGCUGCAUCGCCCUGGUCAGGGGCUUGUGCAUGGUCAGGAUGUCAACCUCAACCAGCACCAUCGCCACCACCGCCGCCACCUCCUCAACCAGCACCAGUAGUGAAUUAUUACUAUCCUCAACCUGUAUCACCGCCACCCCCACCGGUCAUAUUACAAGCACCUCCUCCAGCACCUCCACCGCCGCCACCUCAACCGCCAAUGAUGUAUUAUCCUCCACAACCGCCUGCUCCAAUCUAUCACAGCCCUACUCCAAGUCCUAUGGACAUUCAUCCAUUGAUCUUGGUCGUUUUAUGUUUGAUCAUUUUGAAGAUGUGUUAUCCAGACUUUUACAGGAUCAUGCAAUGCUUGCCAAAUCCAUGUCCACCGCCCGUGGUAGUGGCUGCCCCACCUCCUCCGGCCCCAGCGCCUGCACCUGCACCACCACCACCUCCUCCCGCUCCUGCUCCCAAACCGGCUGAAGAGAAAAAACCUCAACAGCCACAAGAACCAAAGAAGGGAGGUGGCGAGCAAAAGCAACAGCAACAACAGCAACAACCGAAAAAGGAAGAAAAGAAAGAAGAGAAGAAAGAGGAAAAGAAGGAGGAAAAGAAAGAAGAGAAGAAGGAAGAAAAGAAAGAGGAGAAAAAGAAGGAAGAGAAAAAGCCACAGGAGAAGAAAGAGGAGAAGAAAGAAGAAAAGAAAGAGGAGAAAAAGGAAGAGAAAAAGGAAGAGAAGAAGGAAGAGAAAAAGGAAGAGGAGAAGAAAGAAGAAGUCAAAGAAGAGAAAAAGGUCGAGGUCGUAGAGGAAAAGAAGGUAGAGGUCGUGGAAGAGAAAAAAGUAGAAGUCGUAGAGGAAAAGAAGGAAGAAGAAAAGAAGGAGGAAGUAAAGGCGCCCGAACCAGUCAUCUUGCGGCCUUCUUGCAACUUUUUUGCUGGUCAACGUGUUUGGGUGUCUCAGAAUGGUGGCAGAUGGUGGGGCGUACUUAUCCUCGAUCGCGGCGGAGGCAAUUGGUACGGUCACAAAAUCGUUUAUGCUGGACAAAAGAAAUGUCGACCCGAAUUGGCAACGGUGCCAUUUUUUGCAACGGAAGAAGAAUUGCAGAUGCGUUUGGAAAAUUUUGGUCCUGAAAAGGAACCGCAGUGGGUCAACAGAACAAUCAUUUGUGGUUGUCCGUGAGGAAGCUGCACAAAACAAGCCAAAAAAGCUCAAUUAAAUUAAUGUUGCUAUUCAAUUUUCCUCAAUAUAUCACGAUCUAGAAGAACAAGAAUUUCAUUUGUAAAUAUUUUGUACAUGUUUUCCAGCAAUUUUGAUUCACUUUGUAUUUUUCUCG